AUGCUUGUGGCCUCCGAGAUGGCACCGGCGCACCUUUCACUAGGAGACGCGAAAUGUGUACGGGGUCGCAUUUGUGCCGGCUCGCCGACCUUCCUAAAGCAGCGAUUCGGCACGGGCUACCGGAUGCUAAUCCAUAAGCUCCCCAAGUGCGACGUGGAGAGCAUCGAGACGCUUCUGCGAAAGUAUGCGCCCAAGGCGAGACUGCAGAGCGACUCCAUCAACGAGGCCGUCUUCCUCUUGGGCCAAAUAGUCUCCACUAAAGGCAUCGUCACUAUGUUCCGUGACAUCGAGAAGCACAGCAAGGCCUUGGGCAUCGAAUCGCUCGGCAUGACGGUGACGUCGCUGGAAGACGUGCUCAUCCGCGUCGGCGAAGAACACCACCUGCAGCACCAGAAACAUACGGAACUCAACAAGGAUGAGGCGUCCAUGAUCGAAACCAAGGAGUCCUUAGUCAACGUGAUGGCGAACACGGUGUCCUCAAACCCGGGGCCCGCGGGCCGCAUGUGGGCGAUGUUCUGCAAGCGAGCCAUUUGCGUCUCUCGGCAGCUGAAGGUGCCGCUGUUCAGUUGGCUGCUGCCUAUGAUGCUGCUCUGGCUGCUGUUCACCUUCGAGGGCGUAGCACUGUACCGCAGCGAAGUUGUCACCCAACAUGUGGGCAAUACGCUCUCCUACACCUUCAUCGAGCUGGUCGGCAAGGCCAACGGCUUCGCCCAAGUUACGCAAGAUGGAGCGUUUUACAUUGAGUACGUCCAGCCCAUGUUACACCCGGAUACCACCCACGUAGACAUCCUCCUGCCCGACCAAAACGUGGAAGAUUUACUCCUUAGCAUAGGGAACGAUGAUUUGCGUCAGUACGUCUUCAGGACGCACUUCGUACUGCAGCUGCUGGAACAAGGCAGGACGGUGCUCUGGUACAACGGCGAGAUUCAGCACGUGGCUCUACUAGUCCUGACGCUAUUCAACAACGCACGUCUGCGCUACGUCUCUGGCAAAAACGACGCCCUGUUCAACUUCGAGGUGACGGUGCUCGACUACGGCGUCAAUAUAGCCGCCGAUGACGUGGAGGAGGAGAAGAGCCCAGGCGCUUACCGCGAGCUGCUGCCCAAGGUGCUCCGCUCCAUCUUCUUUCCCAUGGUGUCCAGCCUGAUGUGCAGCAAUUUUGUGCUUUUCCCCAUCACCGAGAGGGCGUCGCAGGUGAAGCACCUGCACAUCAUCGCAGGAAUCGGCCCGUUUCUCUACUGGAUCACCAAUUUUCUCUGGGAUUUUAUGUUUUACAUGGGCACCGCCAUCAUUAUCUUGCCGCCCAUAGCUUACUUCCACGCGGAAUCGCUGAAUUUCAACUACAUUCCGUCGCUGUGCUGCACGGGCUGUGUGUUCAUGGAACACUACGCGGAAACACUGAGCAGCGUCCCCCUCACGGUGUUCAUCGCGACGGUGCUGCAGUUCGCGCGGCUGCUGCCGUCCUAUUCGUACUCGCGUGGCAUGACGAAGGUGCUGCAGUUGGCCUCUGAGAACGCCAUCUGCCGGCGGGGUGGACAGGUUCUCGACUCUGCCUGCCAAGAGAAGUCCGUCGCUUUCAAGAAGUCACUGCAACAGUGCUGCACGCACAUCGCCGACCCUGACCGUAUGCUCUACGUGAUCGGGCCUUUGGACAUGCACGGGUACUCUGCAUUCUACGAGGUAAUCACUCUGUUGCUGGAAGGUCCGCUGCUUUUCGGCCUACUGCUAUAUGCUGACUACCACUGGCUGCGACGAAUCGACCGAUUUAUGAGCUUGCCCGAACCCGACAUUGAACAACGCCUCCGAGUCUCGCCUGGGGCGCAAGUCCUGAACGCAGGACUGUCACCCACCAAGCCGGCUUCCAAGCAGGAAGACACGGACGUAGUGAACGAAGACAAACUGGUUGCGGAGCUUGUCGAGAAAGGACAGAAGCAGCCUCAGCCACCGUCGAAUCCGCAAUCAAUUCAGCAGUCGCAGACUCAGUCGCAGACGCAGUCGCAGAUGCAGUCGCAGACGCAGUCGCAGACGCAGUCGCAGAUGCAGACGCAGUUGCAGACGCAAUUGAAGACGCAGUUAAAGACGCAGUUGCCGACGCAGUUGCCGAUACAGCAGCAACCACAGCUUCAGUCACCGAACCCUGAUAGCGCCCUGCCUACCAUGGUGGUAUACCGCCUCCAGAAAACUUAUGGUUACGUGGACAACAAGACUGCCCUGCAGGGCCUGAGCUUCACAGUCCGCGCGGGCGAAUGCUUCGGCCUCCUUGGAGUUAAUGGCGCCGGAAAGACGACCACCUUCAAGAUUCUGACGGGCGAAAUCCUGCCGCACGAGGGCGACGCCUUCAUCGGUGACGUGUCCGUCGUGCGCAACGUGUACGAGUUCCAGCAAUUCCUCGGCUACUGCCCGCAAAGCAAUGCCCUACUGGAUACGUUGACGGGCAUUGAGACGCUGAUGCUGUAUAUCCGAUUGCGUGGUAUCCCAGUCACCAAGGAGUACGUGGACACGCUCCUGGAGAUCUUCAACAUGGUUGAGAUCGGGGCGCAUCUCGUCGGCACGUACAGUGCAGGGAACCGGCGCAAGCUGUCCCUGUGCGUAUCGCUGAUUGGCAUGCCGAGGAUGCUACUUUUGGACGAGCCCUAUUCCGGAAUGGGAAUCCUCUCGCGAAAGCGAAUCGUGAACUACAUCAGCUCGCUGCAGAAGCAAGCGAAGAUAUCCAUCGUGCUGUCUUCUCACAGCCUUACGGAUGUGGAGUUCCUGUGCCACCGCAUCGCUAUCCUCAGAGGGGGCAAGCUGCAGUGUCUCGGCUCGUUGUCGCAUCUUAAGGAGAAGUUCGGAAAGGGCUACACCAUCACGGUGAAGUCGUACCCGGAUAAAAAGCAGGACUUCGUGUAUCAACGAGAGGUGGUCCGCGAUGUCAGAAAGAACUUCCCCGACGCAGAUCUCGUGCACAGCUACGAGGGUUUGCUGGAGUUCCGGGUAUCCCGGGUUCACAUGCUCUGGAGCGAGAUGUUCACUCGCAUGGCGAAGAUCAAGAAGCGGUUCAAGCUGCAGGAGGUCUUCGUCGCCGACACGUCGCUGGAGCAGAUCUUCGUCAGCGUGACGCGCAAGGAGGCCAGCGAAGCGGCCGCUGCAGCCGCGUCUAAGACGGUCAGCCUAGCGGGAACCUCGCUGGGCAUCUAGGCACGACCGGCAGUUAACUAUGGCAGCGUCUGUUCAUUUCGCGCUGUGCCAAAAAAAUAAACAAAGUACAAACAGUC